UGCUCACCUGAGUCACCUCACACUCCCCCCGCCUCCCAAACAGACAGCGGCGGACACAGAACAGAGUCCACUCCACGCCCGCCGCCGCCGCCGCCGGCGGCAGGAACGGAGGAGAAGAGUUGCUCGACUCGCCCCUCCGCUCCACGCGCGAGGCUCCUCCAAGUCCACCGGCGCCUCCCGCACCCGCCGCACACCUCGCCCGCCGGUGGCAAUCGGCGAAAAGGAAAGGUUAAUGCACUGGUUGAUGCUGAAACUCCGAUCAGACAGGCAUUGAUAUUUAUCCUAGUCAUCAAAUAAGUAUUGCCAGAUCACUGUGGUUCAUUGGUUCUUCCAAUAUGGAAACAUACACCACGGACAAUGCGCUUACAGCCAUGGGGUUCGGGAAGUUCCAAGCACUCGUCCUUGCAUAUGCUGGAACGGGUUGGGUUGCAGAAGCCAUGGAGGUCAUGCUACUGUCAUUUCUUGGACCAGUGAUGCGGGAAGAGUGGAAUGUCUCUCCCCAAGAUGAGAGUCUUCUAUCGAGUGUUGUGUUUGCUGGCAUGCUAAUUGGAGCCUUUACAUGGGGCUUUAUUUCCGACAGAUAUGGAAGAAGGACUGUUUUAUUGCUUUCAACUCUGCUUACUAGUGGACUGGGUUUUCUAAGCGCGUUAUCUCCUAACUACUUGUGCUUGCUGGUUCUUCGGUUUUUUGUCGGCAUAGGAGUGGGCAGUGGCCAUGUAUUUUCAUCUUGGUUUUUGGAGUUCGUUCCUGCAGGAAAUCGUGGCACUUGGAUGGUUAUUUUUUCCUUUUUCUGGACUAUUGGCACAGUCUUGGAGGCUUCACUUGCAUGGGUUGUACUAUCAGCAUUGAGUUGGAGGUGGUUGCUGGCAUUGAGUGCCCUUCCAUGCUUCCUGUUGCUUCCUUUCUUCAGAAUUACACCUGAGUCACCACGCUAUCUUUGUGCACAAAACAGAAUGUCUGAUGCAACUGCUGUCCUGGAGAGAAUGGCCAAUGCAAACCAAGCAGCUCUUCCUCUGGGAGUUCUCACAUACCAUGGAGAACCAAAAACCGACUGCGUUACUCAUAAUAUUUCUGAGGAUGAACACCUGAUUCCAAUCAGAGAGAAGAAACAUACAGUUGUGAAUGCUAUUUGCUCCAACACUGGUGCUAUUGCUACAUUGCGCACGCUAUUAUCACAUAACUUGCUCAGAUCAACUCUUCUUCUUUGGUUUGUUUACUAUGCAAGUUCCUUCGCUUAUUAUGGGAUAGCAUUGCUGACAUCGCAGUUAAGUGAUGUGAAUAGAAGCUGUAGUUCUGAUCUGAUUUUUGAAAUGCACCAAAAAGAUGGCAAUCUUUACAAAGAUACUUUUAUCACUAGUUUAGCAGAGAUUCCAGGCUUAAUUUUGUCCGCUUUGCUUGUUGAUUGGUUUGGCCGAAAAGCUACAAUGUGCUGCCUGAUGUUUGCAUGCUGUGCUUUCCUUGGACCGCUCGUACUUCAUCAAAAUGAGUUGUUUACUACUACACUUCUAUUCGGAGCUCGUGCCUGUGGCACAGGUGGCACUACAGUUUUAUGUUUGUAUGCUCCAGAGGUGUAUCCAACGUCCGUUCGCUCGACGGGGGUCGGGAUCGCGACCGCCAUCGGCAAAAUCGGCGGGGUUGUUUGCCCUCUGGUCGCCGUCGGCAUGCUGCGGAGCUGCCACCAGAUGGCAGCCAUCCUGGUGUUCGAGCUGGUGCUGUUCCUCGCCGGAGUUGCCUGCAUCCUCUUCCCUGUAGAGACCAAGGGCCGCGAGAUGGACUGACGCAUGGUGUUGAAUCAGGACACUUAGGGCGUCUGGGAUUGUAGUUCAUCAUGAUUCAUCAGUGAUAUCAUGAUUGCAUAUAGACAGCAAAAUACAGAACUGUAUACAUAACAGUUUAUUGGAUGUGCAAAGGGAAAUGAGGGGCUGUUUGGAUA